GCUGCCACUGCUUCAGCUGCCUCUGAGUAGCUGUAGCUGUAACCCAAGCUGCUGCUCUCGGGGAGGGAAGAGCAGAAACUGUUGAGGAUAUUCUGGGCUCACACUCCGUGCCCAAGUCUCCCUUCUGGAGGGACCAGCGUGCCGCCCGGCGGACUCCCAGCCAGGGGAGAGGGGCAACAGAGAGACCCCUAGACACCAUCCAGAACCCCAGCCCAGCAUGAACUGAGCGUCUGGGGGGAUUGGAAAGAGCUGGACAGUCCCUCCCUCCCUCCCGCCCCUGCAACAAGAGGAUGAGUGGAGUGAGGCUGGAGCAGCGAGCGCAGUGCCGGCUGAAGCGCUGCAGCAAGAAUCGUCAUCUCAGCCCUCUGGGAACCUUUCACCAGCAUCUCUGAGUACUCACUUCCUCGUUGCCCAUCUUCUUUGUGAACAAAACUCCAGGGUACUGGCAGGAUCAUCCAAGGCAUAUGUGGGUCCAGUGAGCAAGACAUGGUGGCUGCUGUUGAGAAUUAGACCUUUGUGACUGAGAGGCAUUUCCACGCGGCACAAAGCACUUGAGUGGAGGGAGUGAGAUGUGCUGUCGGAGGGCAUAACAUCUGAAGGGAGAAGCCAUUCUCUGGGAGAGGAAUUCUCAAUGAGCCUGCCCAAGACACCAGAUCUGUGUGAAGAGGACUAAGGAUAUAAUAGGAUGUCAACGGAGACAGACCUGCAAGUGGCUGUUAAAUCCAGCAGCAAGAGAGACUCCAGAAAGAAAGGUCAGGAUCGCAGUGAAGCCACUUUGAUAAAGAGGUUCAAAGGCGAAGGCGUACGGUACAAGGCCAAGCUGAUCGGCAUUGAUGAGGUUUCUGCUGCACGGGGAGACAAGUUAUGUCAAGAUUCCAUGAUGAAGCUCAAGGGAGUUGUCGCUGGAGCCCGUUCCAAAGGAGAACACAAACAGAAAAUCUUUUUAACCAUCUCCUUUGGAGGAAUCAAAAUCUUUGAUGAAAAGACAGGAGCACUCCAGCAUCACCAUGCUGUGCAUGAAAUUUCCUACAUUGCAAAGGAUAUCACAGACCACCGAGCCUUUGGAUAUGUCUGUGGAAAGGAAGGAAACCACAGAUUUGUGGCCAUCAAAACAGCCCAGGCAGCCGAACCUGUGAUCCUAGACCUUCGUGAUCUCUUUCAACUCAUUUAUGAAUUGAAACAGAGGGAAGAGCUGGAGAAGAAAGCCCAGAAAGACAAACAGUGCGAGCAGGCGGUAUACCAGACAAUUUUGGAGGAGGAUGUAGAAGAUCCCGUGUACCAGUACAUUGUGUUUGAGGCUGGACAUGAGCCAAUCCGUGAGCCUGAAACGGAAGAGAACAUUUAUCAGGUUCCUACCAGCCAAAAGAAGGAGGGAGUUUAUGAUGUGCCAAAAAGUCAGCCUGUGAGUAAUGGUCACUCCUUUGAUGACUUUGAAGAACGUUUUGCAGCAGCUGUACCGGCUGUGACCCAGUUAGAGCUUUUUGGGGACAUGUCUACCCCUCCAGAUAUAACCUCUCCCCCAACUCCUGCAACUCCAGGUGAUGCCUUUAUCCCGUCUUCAUCUCAGACACUCCCCUCUAGUGCAGAAAUGUUUGGUUCUGUACCUUUCAGCACUACUGCUGUGCCCUCAGGUUAUGUUGCCAUGGGUGCUGUCCUCCCCUCAUUCUGGGGACAGCAGCCCCUUGUUCAACAGCAAAUUGCCAUGGGUGCUCCACCUCCAGUGGCCCAGGUGAUGCCAGGGGGUCAACCAAUAGCAUGGGGCCAACCAGGCAUCUUUCCUGGCCCCCAGCAGCCAUGGCCAUCUGUAGCUGGUCAGUUCCCGCCCACCGCCUUCAUGCCAACACAAACUGUGAUGCCUUUACCGGCUGCCAUGUUUCAAGGUGCCCUCGCCCCGCUCGCCACUAUGCCCACCACCAGCGAUUCCACCCGAUCGAGUCCCCAGACAGACAGGCCCCGGCAGAAAAUGGGUAAAGAAAUGUUUAAGGAUUUCCAGAUGGUCCCGCCUCCCCCGGUACCCUCCCGGAAACCCGACCAGCCUUCCCUCAGUUGUACCUCAGAGGCCUUCUCCAGUUACUUCAACAAAGUCGGGGUGGCACAGGAUACGGACGACUGUGAUGACUUUGACAUCUCACAAUUGAACUUGACCCCUGUGACUUCAACAACGCCAUCAACCAACUCACCUCCAACUCCUGCACCCCGGCAAAGUUCUCCAUCAAAAUCAUCAGCAUCCCACGCCAGUGACCCCACCACGGAUGACAUCUUUGAAGAGGGCUUUGAAAGCCCCAGCAAAAGUGAAGAGCAGGAAGCCCCUGAUGGGUCUCAGGCCUCAUCCAGCAGUGAUCCAUUUGGUGAGCCCACUGGUGGGGACCCCAGUGGUGAUAAUAUAAGUCCAGAGGUCGGUAGCUAGAUAGCGCAGGUUGGGGAGUAUGAAUCCCUCUAUGCGCAGAUCAACAGACCUAAGAAAUAGAAUCAUUGCGGGUUUAGGGUGGGCGCUUCAAGACUGAAAUGGAAACCUACAUCUCAACAGGCCUUGGGCUCACCUCCUUUCUUUGAUAUGAUCCCUUCUGACAAUGGAAUUGAUGGUUGCCGCUGAACUAAUUUUACAGAUAGACCUGCCCAUUUGGGCAACCAGCGGCUAAUAUCUAUGGCAGCACAAAAAGGAAGAAAAAAUGGAACCCCAAAUCAUCACCAUCCCUGGAGUAGCCCAACAAUUGCUUACCCUACAAAAUACCCUGAGUCCUCUUGACAAGAGUCCUGAAUUACCCAUGAUGGGAAAUCUUAGUCUCUUUUUUGUUUCUCUCAACCUCAACCAUUGCAUUUGGAGUCACCGGCAGUGAAGAGUUACCUAGUAAUGGCCACUUAUUUGUUCUAAGCAAAGGCAAAGGGUCUGGUAUGCUCACAAGAUCAUUGUCCAUCAGACCCUUGAGCCCAAGUCUGCAUUUUUACAUCAUUGAUGAUUGUUUUUCAUCACUACAGAAAACUGGUCCUGCCGUGUGACUUUGAUCUGGGGAUUUCCCCUCCCCCUAGAAUAUUUAAAGAUAAUGGGUGUACCAUUAUAGUACUUCCUGGUAACUUUUCCCCCAAAUAAGUGAUGAUAUCUGGAUGGAAAUUGCCUCUUGUGAAAUAAAUCUUAACUUGAAAUUACAGAAUGAAAUCACACAACUGAUUAUUUGUGAUGAUUAAAAAAAAACAAUGGUUGCCAAAAGGACCUCUUUGCUCUCAUGCUUCAGGAUGGAGAAAUGCUGCUUUGAGAUUGAACAUUCGCACUAUGGGAAGAAAAUGCAUCAUCUCUCUUGGAUGAGAGGAGGAAAAAACUCAUAUUAUUUCCUAGAAAACUCCAAAUGCUAAGUACAAUAAAUGAAUAUUUUUUAUUUCUCCAAUCUCUUGCUGCUGUGAUGCUAUGCAGACAAGUGUUCUCUUCUCUGUGUGCCACUUUUUUUGAAAGAAAAUUAUUUGCCAAAUAAUUCUGGUCCAAUUUUAGUUUGCAGAUUUGGAUGAAACAGACUUUCCAAAUGGGACAAUGGUGGCUUGAACAGUGGGGUAACAAACUGAUCCUCUGAUGCGAGUGGUUCAUCUCUAUCUCUUUUUGUACAUCAGAAAACUCAAAUGGGAUUCCUUUCUUUUUUUUUAUUUUAUAUCUUGAAAACAGGAAAAAAAAAUCUUACCAUAAAACUCUUGCAAUGGGUAAGGGAAAUGGCUUUAAGGAGGUCCAAUGUUGAUAUUUUUUUUUGUAAAUAUCAAUCUUAAUUAUAAUUCUUUUAAAUAAUGCCAUCACACUGUAGAAAGAGGAACAGAUGGCUUCAGAGGUGUGACAAGCUGGAAGGACAGUUUUUAUAUGCUGUAUGGUUUCCACAAGCUUAUACAUAAGGGGCUAGAGCUCAGGUGUGUCUGGCGGUAGCAAUUAGCCAAUCAGCAACUAGUGAAACUGGGAGGGAUCACAUCAGGUAAUGAUCUCACACUUUCCACAAAAUUACCUAAACUCCAUGUAAAGGAAAAAAAUAUAUAUAUACAUAUAUGCAUCUAGACAGCAUGUGCAUAUAGAGUGUACAUGACCCUUUGGAGCCUGUCUUUUUGAUUCUUGACUCCUCCCCUAUGGAACUCACGAGACUGUUUGUACAAGAGACAGAGAGUUUUAGCUUCCUUUUUUUACAUUUAUUGGGGGGAGGGGGGAAGUGCAGUGUUUGGUUCCUUACUCUGUUUAGCACAUGCUUUUCAUACAGAAACUCUAUAUUUUUGCCCUCCAGAGAAUUCUUAUACAGGUCAAACAUGUUUUCCUAAUGUUCCUAUGCAGUGACCGCGAGUUAGAUUCGCAAUUUAACAAUAAGAAGAAAACUGUAAAGGGAUCAUGGUCCAUCUGUGUCUAGGGUUAUUAUCAUGAUUUUAAAAUUUGAACAGGUGAAGGUGCAUCACUGUCAUGGAUUUCAAAGGACCAGGAUAUAGCCACUAUUUAUGCUGUCAUCUUGGCAUGCCCUGAAAUGGCUUAGAAGAAAACUUGUUUUCCACCAACAAAGAACAGAGUGAUAAAUUGGAAUGUUUGGGGCCAAAUUUUGCAAUACCUGGCCACUGGAGUCUGCUGUCUGGUUUGGUGUCUUGAUAACAUGAUCACUGUAAAAUCUAUGGGACUGGUUUCUAAAAGGGAAAAUGCCCAAGAUGCAGAGAGAUGAAGAGACCAUUAUCCACUUCCCCUUUCCUUCUUUUCUCUCCUCUUCCCUUUUUCCCUUCCAUUUUUGUCUUCUGUUUUUCCUCCCUGUCUCCCCUCCCUUUCCUUCUCAUCACCUACCUGUUCUUUUCCCACUCCUUUGUCCUUCACUUCUCUUUCCCUCUAGGAAUCUUUCUCCUCCCUUCUUUCCCCCUACUCCUCCUUCCCUUCCUUUCCAAGCUCUCCCUUCCCUUCAUUUCCCAUUCUAUCCUAUUAUCAUCUUUAUCCAUCUCCACUUGCUCUUCUGAUCUCCCUUCCUUUCAUCUGUAAAUUGCCACCUCUGAGUACUAUCUUUUUCA